AUGACGAGCGAGAUCGAGCAGUACAUGGUCUACUUGGCCGAAGCAACUUGGAAGAAGGGAUGUUGCCCUGGCAAACAAGAUGCUGUGGGCAACGUUCGGUCGCUCUUUGCGAACUUCAGCUACGGAGCCACCAACCUCUCCGUCCCGGCAGAGACGAACAGGUCAGACUACACUUAUUGGUUGGUGUACACGCUCUCCAGCCUCAUCGAGCAGACAACCCCAGCUGAGCUAUUGAUCUUUGACUCGAACGGCACAGUGGAUGCCCCGUUCUUCGUCGGCCAGGACCUGAACUUGGACAAUCUGGAGGGCACUCUGCAGUGGACUCCACAGGCUGUGCAGAUUCGCCUCGUCGGCGCAGACGCAAAAUAUCCAGGUUGGAGCAGCUACGCCUGUGGGAACCAACCUGCCCCCUUGGAUGCAGCGAGUAUUGAGUCCGAAGGGAGGCUUAGCUUCUCGAAUGCUCUGACGCGGGGCAGCCAGACCCACUUCCUUGUCUAUGCGAGAUCGUCCCUUGCGGAGCAAACCACCCCUGCUUUCAUCAAGUUUGCAGAUGCGGCGGCUUUGUUCCAGGCCCGAGACCUGUUCUUCUCGGACGGCGACCUGGACGAGGGCGAGAUCGCUGGGAACCUGUCCUGGGCUGAGCCAAGUGUAAUCGGAGAUGUGACGUUCUUCCGCGUCUACUUCUCUACGACUGGAACCACCCAGAGUGGCGACACCACAUCUCUUCUGGAAGAGGUCGAUGCUCCCCGGCGAAAAACACAGGGCAUCACAGCGCUCGGCCUUGCGCAUGUGGUCCACAGGAACCAUGACAUGGUUGGCUUGACCGACAAGGUGAUUGCUCCUGACACACCCCUUCAGUCUUACGUUUACCUGGCCGUGACAUCAAACUCGCCAAGUAUCGAGCAACGCACGCCCUCGACCUGGCUUAUCUACGAUGAGGUGGCAAGCGCGGCAAACGUGAGCUUUGUGGAUCUGGACCUAGACGAAACCCAACUUGGCGGAACCAUCAAGUGGGAUCCCCCUGCACGUACGGUAGCCGUCUCGGCGCCUUUGUCAGCAAGUGCCCAGGGGUGGAGGACUGAGAAACAUCCUCCCCCGCAUGUUAUGUUCCAAGAGGUGCGCCUCGUCAGAGGCUUGACGUUGUGGCACACCGGAAGUCAGAAGAGCCACGUCCCUUCCAAUCUCUGGAAGCUUUCCAACCCUAUCUACCCCCCCUCCACAUGCCUCUCAUAG